UUAUUAUCCUGUCCCCCUCUCUCUGCACAGUCCGGCGGCCCCAGCACACACUUCGGAAGCAUGUCAGUACAGGAGAACAAGAACAUGGGGCCCCAGCAGUUCUGGGCAUGUAUCCCUAAGUCCCAAAGGGACUUCGCAAAGUCCAUCCUGAUUGGGGCUCCAGGAGGGCCAGCAGGGUACCUACGGCGGGCCAGCGUGGCCCAGCUGACCCAGGAGCUGGGCACUGCCUUCUUCCAGAGGCAGCAGCUGUCAGCUGCGAUGGCAGACACCUUCCUGGAGCACCUCUGCCUGCUGGACAUCGACUCGGAGCCCGUGGCUGCUCGCAGUACCAGCAUCAUCGCCACCAUCGGGCCGGCAUCUCGCUCCGUAGAGCGCCUCAAGGAGAUGAUCAAGGCCGGGAUGAACAUUGCGCGACUCAACUUCUCCCACGGCACCCACGAGUACCACGCUGAGUCCAUCGCCAACGUCCGGGAGGCGGUGGAGAGCUUUGCGGCCUCCCCGGUCAGCUACCGACCGGUGGCCAUUGCUCUGGACACCAAAGGCCCGGAGAUCCGCACCGGGAUCCUGCAGGGGGGCCCGGAGUCGGAGGUGGAGCUGGUGAAGGGCUCGCAGGUGCUGGUGACCGUGGACCCGGCGUUCCGGACGCGGGGGGACGCGCACACCGUGUGGGUGGACUACCCCAACAUCGUCAGGGUCGUGCCGGUGGGGGGCCGCAUCUACAUCGACGACGGGCUCAUCUCCCUGACAGUCAAGGAAAUCGGCCCGGCGGGGCUGGAGACCGAGGUGGAGAACGGCGGCGUCCUGGGCAGCCGGAAGGGCGUGAACUUGCCGGGCACCCAGGUGGACCUGCCCGGGCUGUCCGAGCAAGACUUCCGGGACCUGCGCUUUGGGGUGGAGCACGGCGUAGACAUCGUCUUUGCUUCCUUCGUGCGGAAAGCCAGCGAUGUGGCCGCGGUGCGGGCUGCUCUGGGGCCUGAAGGCCAGGCCAUCAAGAUCAUUAGCAAAAUCGAGAACCACGAAGGCGUCAAGAAGUUCGAUGAAAUCCUGGAAGUGAGCGAUGGCAUCAUGGUGGCACGGGGUGACCUGGGCAUCGAGAUCCCGGCUGAGAAGGUUUUCCUGGCUCAGAAGAUGAUGAUUGGGCGUUGCAACUUGGCCGGCAAACCAGUUGUCUGUGCCACACAGAUGCUGGAGAGCAUGGUCAGUAAGCCCCGGCCGACGCGGGCAGAGACCAGCGACGUGGCCAAUGCCGUGCUGGACGGCGCCGACUGCAUCAUGCUGUCAGGGGAGACUGCCAAGGGCAGCUUUCCGGUGGAGGCCGUGAGGAUGCAGCACGCGAUCGCCAGGGAGGCAGAAGCCGCAGUGUACCACCGGCAGCUGUUCGAGGAGCUGCGCCGGGCUGCACCACUGACCCGCGACCCCACGGAAGUCACUGCCAUUGGGGCUGUGGAGGCUUCCUUCAAGUGCUGCGCUGCUGCCAUCAUCGUGCUGACCAAGACUGGCCGCUCAGCCCAGCUUCUGUCUCGGUACCGACCUCGGGCAGCGGUCAUUGCUGUCACCCGCUCUGCCCAGGCUGCCCGCCAGGCCCACCUAUGCCGAGGAGUCUUCCCCUUGCUCUACCGUGAACCUCCAGAGGCCGUCUGGGCAGAUGAUGUGGAUCGCCGGGUUCAGUUUGGCAUUGAAAGCGGAAAGCUCCGUGGCUUCCUCCAUGUUGGGGACCUGGUGAUUGUGGUGACAGGCUGGCGACCUGGGUCUGGCUAUACCAACAUCAUGCGGGUGCUAAACAUAUCCUGAGAUGCCCCUCCCCUCUGACCCAGCCAGCGCUGGACCCGUCCCUCCUCCCCAUCUCCUCCACUCCAAGCCCCCCACACUCAUCUGUCGUCUCUGCUCCCCUCCUCCCUCCCUGAGGCCACAUCUGCCAUCUGCCCCAUUCCAGGGUGCCCCUUCCUCCUCUCCUUUGCACGCAGGCCCUAAAAACCUGUCCAAUUAAGCACUGGCCAUCCGGCAGCACCGAUCAUACAAUGCCUGCACCCAGUGCUCUGAGCUCGGAGACUUUAAUCCCAGCUUAACCGGUUAAUUGUAUUUCCCCAGGCUUCCCACAUCUGGAGGUAGAGGAGAGGGGAACAGAGCAAUCACGUCCAUUUUGGAAAUAUUUCAUAUCCAUGCAGACUGAUAUUCUCAUAUGUGGCCUUUAUGGUCAUCUGAUUAUCUCCUGAGGGAGUGCCACCUCUUCCUUCAUUGUCACUGACAGCAAUACCAAAGCCCCACUCUUGGGGGAAGCCUGGAUAGAUGGGUGCUGGGAGCACAUCUACCACUGUCCUUACAACCUCUCUGGGAUUUCAGACCACUCCCUGGCUGCUCUCAGGGCCAUCUCACGCCUUGCUGGGGGAGUCCCCUUCUCCUGCACCCAGAAAUUCCUUCAUGCCCACUUUGUUUCCACACACAAACUAGGAGCCAAAAUGAGUGUCUCUAUUUUCUUUUUGAAACCCAGCUGUUCUGAAGCAAUUAUAAAACUCCCACAUAGCCAGUAGCCCAGAGCUCCCUACCCAGGAGAAGCAGGUGGGGCCCUGGUCCCACAUUCUCUGAUGCUGGAGACACGGGUGGGUAAGGGAUUUCUCUUGUCCCUGAGAAGGCAGAGGUGCUGGCUAGGCUGCCCUUCCCCAGGCUCGGAUACCUCGGGUCCUCCCCUUACUCUUGUACCACCAGCAAACGCAGUAGGGGAAAACAAAACAAAACAAAAAACCCUAAAACUAAAAGGAACAGCCCUCCCCUCCACCUCAGGUGGCCCUUGUGCCCCCACCUAGAUAGGGGGAGUGCUCUGGUAUUGCUGCCGAGGGAGUUAGACAAGAACCACAGGAACUGGCAGUGGGGGGUAGGGGGGCUGCGCCUUCCUGUCUCCCUCCCAGGAGGAGGGGGAGGGAUGGAUAAAGAAAUGGGUGAAUAAAAUGAAUUGAUAAUAAAUAAAA